GUUUAUCCUCUGUUGAUGGACCUUAAAUGCACAACAUACGUUAUCUAUAAAAUCAGAAAUACUUAUGAUCGUAACUUCCAUUUUCAUUUAAAUAUUUUAUGCUUUCUUACAUUCCAAAGAUCACGGUGCUUCGAGCAGAGCCACGGUGCUUCGAGCAGAGUUACACAAUCAAGUAACUCCACUUGCGUGUGAGUGUGCACAGUUCUCUGCAGCCUCUUGCGCAAACUAGCCUCCUCUGUCAGCCUGGAAGUUUCUGAAGGGCAGAAACCACACUGCCUGCUUCUCGGAAUCCCCCAUCUGACAAAGUCCUGCUUAUUGUCAGAUGGCAUCUACGCCACCUCCCUGCUCCGAUCUCUGGGUACCUCCCGGCAGGACCUCAGGAGGGGCUGCCUGUUCUACCAUCCCCCCCAUGCCCUCACUGAGCACGGUGACAUCACAGCAGGUCCUAUGCCCCGAGCAGCUGUACUCCGCGAUUUGGAGAAAAGGUAUGCAGGGUUCCUCACAGAAGUCUGACACGGGCCAGGCCUUCAAGGAUCUCACAAGAGAAGUCACACCUCUGUUAAGCGCAGUGCAGCUGAGCUGGGCUGGAACCGCCCACCCGGAGGUCCUGCAGCACCCGAGGAGGAUGCCCUGGAAGCCCAGCUAGGGCCCGACUUUGGCCCCAUGCGUCUCACCCGCUGCCAGGCUGCCCUGGCAGCCGCCAUCACACUCAACCUCCUGGUCCUCUUCUAUGUCUCAUGGCUGCAGCACCAGCCCAGGAACUCCCGGGCCCGGGGUCCCCGCCGUGGAGGGGCUGCCGGCCCCCGCGUCACCGUCCUGGUGCGGGAGUUCGAGGCCUUUGACAACGCGGUGCCUGAGCUGGUGGACUCCUUCUUGCAACAGGACGCAGCGCAGCCCGUGGUGGUGGCCGCCGACACGCUCCCCUACCCGCCCCUGGCCCUGCCCCGCAUUCCCAACGUUCGCCUGGCGCUGCUCCAGCCUGCCCUGGACCGGACCGCCGCGGCCUCGCGCCCCGAGACCUAUGUGGCCACCGAAUUCGUGGCCCUGGUGCCCGACGGGGCGAGGGCCGAGGCACCGGGCCAGCUGGAGCGCAUGGUGGAGGUGCUCCGGGCGGGAGGGGCACGCCUGGUGGCCGCCCCCGUCGCCUCGGCCAACCCUGCCCGGUGCCUGGCCCUGAACGUCAGCCUGCGGGAGUGGACGGCCCGCUACGGCCCCGCGCCCUCCGCGCCCCGCUGCGACGCCCUGGACGGAGACGCCGUGGUGCUCCUGCGCGCCCGCGACCUCUUCAACCUGUCGGCGCCCCUGGCCCGGCCGGUGGGCACCGGCCUCUUCCUGCAGACGGCCCUGCGCGGCUGGGCGGUGCAGCUGCUGGACCUCCAGUUCGGCGCUGCGCGCCAGCCCCCCCUGGCCACGGCCCACGCGCGCUGGAAGGCGGAGCGCGAGGGGCGCACGCGGCGGGCGGCGCUGCUGCGCUCGCUGGGCAUCCGCCUGGUGAGCGGGGAGGGUGGGCGCCUCGAGUGGUUCGGUUGCAGCAAGGAGACCCCGCGCUGCUUCGGGACGGUGGUGGGCGACACGCCGGCCUACCUCUACGAGGAGCGCUGGACGCCCCCGUGCUGCCUGCGCGCGCUGCGCGAGACCGCCCGCUACGUGGUGGGCGUGCUGGAGGCGGCGGGCGUGCGCUACUGGCUGGAGGGCGGCUCGCUGCUCGGGGCCGCCCGCCACGGGGACAUCAUCCCGUGGGACUACGACGUGGACCUGGGCAUCUACCUGGAGGACGUGGGCAACUGCGAGCAGCUGCGGGGGGCCGAGGCGGGCUCGGUGGUGGACGAGCGCGGCUUCGUGUGGGAGAAGGCCGUAGAGGGCGACUUCUUCCGCGUGCAGUACAGCGAGAGCAACCACCUGCACGUGGACCUGUGGCCUUUCUACCCCCGCAACGGAGUCAUGACCAAGGACACGUGGCUGGACCACCGGCAGGAUGUCGAAUUCCCCGAACACUUCCUGCAGCCUCUCGUGCCCCUGUCCUUCGCUGGCUUCGUGGCGCAGGCGCCUAACAACUACCGUCGCUUCCUGGAGCUCAAGUUCGGCCCUGGGGUCAUCGAGAACCCCGAGUACCCCAACCCGGCACUCCUGAGUUUGGCGGGAAGCAGCUGAAGCUCCAGCGCCCGCUCCUGGGGUCUGAAGAACACUCAUGCGCGGGGAGCUGCCCUUUGCUUUGGCGCCGCUGGCAUUUGGUGGGCGGGCCGGGGACGGGCCUGGACUUCGAAGACCUGCCCUGCCCAAGAUUUCCAAGAGCUUGGGUUUUAUUUAGAGCACGGACAGUUUUAUAAAGAGGAAAAAGUGUACGUUCUGCGGCUGGACUACCGCGAUUAAAACCCCGGCUCUACCUCUUACUAGUGGGGCCGGCCUGGGAGAGUGUCCCAGUUUCUGGGUGCGCAUCACUUUCCUCCAGGAUUCAGUGAGUGCCCUCGCAGUGUCUCGCUCGCAAAGAGCCCGCAGGACACUUGGUUGCUGGGGUUGCUUCCGCCACUAGAGGGCGCCUUUGUCCUGCUCUGGGGCCAAGGCCCGAGCAAGCCCGGAACUCCCCGUUCCCGUUAGAGAGCCUUUGGUCUCUCUAAUCCCCCGUACCUAGAGGGACAAGAUGACUAUCUCCCUUCUUCCAGAAUGCGACCUCCUUGCUUCCUGGGAGAGCCCUGUGAGAUGCAUGCUGCUCUUAACCCCAUCUUACAGAGGAGGAAACAGGCUCAGCCCUGAGCUGCAGCUGUGGUUAGGAACCGAGCUCUGGAUGCCAGACUCACUCCACGUUAACUGCGUUACCUCAUUGUAAUGCUCCGCACCUGUUGGCCCACUUGCACGGCGGGAUAAACAGCAACCCUAGCUCACAUUACUCAGCACGUACCGUGUGCCCGGCGUCCCUCUCGGUGUUGGACACGGGUUAACUGAUCAAUCUCUCACCUCAACCCUCUGAGGCGGGAGGGAGCUGCUAUCAUUUCUAUUUUACAAGUGAGCACACUGAGGCGGGAAUGGUAAAGUCACUUGCCCAUGGUCAGACGGCUUAGGAAGUGACAGAGCAGGGACUCGAACCCAGACAGUCAGGCUGGAGCCCACACUGGAGUUGGGUACUCUGCCCCGCUCUAGUAACGCAACAUGAGAGGGAGGGCCCCGGGAGGCCGCAGCACUUAGCAGGUGAAGCCAUGGCGGCCUUCCUUUUGUGAUCAUGCACCCGAGAGUAAAUGGUGUUUGGGCAAGUAUCCUGAAUAUGUGUAUUUAUUUAUAAGUUAUAUACAGGUACUACUAUCAUUCUGUAUAUUAGUGAUGAGGCUUAAAUUAUCCCAUUUUAAAAUUUAAAAUAAACCUAGAGGUUUUUGUCUA